AUGCGGAUGGCCUCGGCGUUGGUAGUUUUUAACUUAGCCGCGCCAGGAACAUCGCCGAGCCGUCGGCCUUCCUCGGACAGACUGACACCUUUUUUGAUAGCUAACUACGACGAGCGUGGUCGAGCGUGGGAUAUCACACGAACUUCAUCUGUCUUUGCGACUGCCAAAGUCAAUCAUACCUAUUGGCUGAGACGAUCCUCGAUGCUGAAUAUGACCUCCUCACCGGCUACAAGUAAGCCAGCAGGGAAAGUCAGUGCCUCACGGAGCCAUGGCUCUGGACAAAUGGGGAAGAAGACUUCCCUACCGCUAAGUCCUAGACCGGGAAUGCCCUCUCCUACUUCCCUGCCUAAACGGGCCAACCCUCUUCUCAGCACACCUAUCAAACCGGCCGUCAAAAACACAGUCUCUCCACGUGCGAUGACUGUAUUCGGCGUCGGGGUUCUGACGAUAAGCACUUACUGCGGAUAUCUGUACACGUCCUACCGGCGAGACGUCGUCGAGUCGCGCUCGCUCAACGUUCCCGAGGACGUAUCAGACCGCUACAACGAGACCGCGCGCAACUACGAUGCCGAGGUCGAGCUGGGAGAGCGGCUGAUGCGGCUGGGGAAGAGGCGGAAAGAACUGGUGCGCAUGGCUCGCGGAGACGUGCUGGAAGUGAGCUGUGGCACCGGCCGGAAUAUGCAGUACUAUCAGCUCGGAGAGCGGCGAGGCGUGGACGAGAAAGGGAAGGCCCAGAUCCAGGGCUGUCGUUCGGUGACGUUUGUCGAUCUCAGUCCGCAGAUGGUCGAGAUUGCUCAGAAGAAAUUCGAAAGGCUGUACCCUGACUUCCCGAAGGCUGCCUUUCGGGUACAGAACGCGAAGGAGGUCGUCCCUCCAUCUUCACCGUCUACAGCCGUGAUAAAGUCGUCGUCCACCACUCCCGAGACUCAGUCUCAGACUCAGUCUCAGUCUCAGUCUUGGACGACAUCCAAGCCGUACUUUGACACGGUCCUGCAGACCAUGGGCCUGUGUUCGACGCCGGAUCCCGUCGGCCUGCUACGCCACCUUGGGUCGAUCACGGAGCCUCAGCACGGCCGAAUCCUCCUCCUGGAGCACGGACGCUCUUAUUACGGCUGGCUGAACAGGAUCCUGGACAACCUGGCCGCGGCGCAUGCCAACCGCCACGGAUGCUGGUGGAACCGCGAUAUCGGGCAGAUCGUGGAGCAGAGCGGGCUCGAGGUUGUGGAGAUGAAGAGGUAUCAUUUGGGGACGACGUGGAGGGUGAUUCUGCGACCUAAGCGGGAGUCAGGGUCCAAAGACGAAGUUCAGGCAGCUCGAUGA